UCCGGCUCAACCACUAAGUUAUCACAUAAACUUGAUCAAUGAUUAAACGAAUUUAAAAUGAUGUGUUUCAACAGGUUGAGGGGUCAAAUUGAUCAGAGGUUAUGUAAAAGGGUGUAUAAUACAGACUCAAAUAAAUAUAAAAAUCUAAAAAACCAUUUCGCCCUUUUUUUAUCGGUCUAUAAGUAGAACACGAUGUUGCAGGUCAAUAAAUGACGUCUAUAAUAAACAACUUUUCUUUCUACUAUAGUUCACCUAUAAGUACUCCUCCUGUGGGUAGUAAGAUAACAAUGGCAAUAUCCAAGGAAAACGGCGAACUCCUCCAUGUGCUUUUCCUUCCCUACUUGUCCGCUGGUCAUUUUAUUCCCACGGUCAACGCUGCAAGGCUCUUCGCCUCCUGCGGUGUCAAAGCGACCAUCCUCACUACCCCACAUAAUGCCUUACUUUUCCAAUCUACCAUUGAUGACGACGUCCGAAUUUCCGGCUAUAACAUCUCUAUCGUAACUAUUAAGUUCCCCGCCGAUGAAGUUGGCUUGCCUGAAGGAAUUGAGAGCUUCAAUACUGCCACUUCACCUGAAAUGUGCCACAAAAUAUUUCACUCUCUUUUUCUUUUACAGAAGCCAAUGGAAGAAAAAAUUCGUGAAAUCCGUCCUGGUUGCAUAUUUUCCGACAUGUACUACCCUUGGACCGUCGAUCUUGCUAAUGAGCUGAAAAUCCCUCGUAUCUUGUACAACUUGUCUGCCUACAUGUGCUACAGCAUUAUGCACAACCUUAAACUUUACAGACCUCACCAGCAGCUCAAGCUGGAGGAAUCCCAAAGUUUCGUGGUUCCUGGUUUACCUGAUAAGAUAGAGUUCAAAGUAUCCCAACUUACAGAAGAUCUGAGAAACACUCCCGAUGGCAAAAAGAGUGUUUUUGAGGAAAUUCUCGACCAAGUACGAGAUUCCGAGGACCGAAGCUAUGGCAUCGUUCAUGACACCUAUUACGAGCUAGAACCUGCGUAUGUUGACUACUAUCAGAAAUUAAGGAAACCCAAAUGUUAUCAUUUCGGUCCCAUCUCCCACUUUGCAUCCAAACUCCGAAGUAAGGAACUAAUUGCUGACCAUAACAGCAACUUCGUUGUAGAGUGGUUGAAUCACCAGAAACCUAAAUCAGUUCUGUAUGUCUCUUUCGGGAGCAUGGCUAGAUUUCCAGACAACCAACUCCGUGAAAUCGCCCUCGCUCUCGAUGCGUCAAGAGUCCCUUUCAUUUUUGUAUUGAGGCCAAAACAAGAAACCUCGUGGUUGCCAGAUGGUUUCGAGGAACGGGUGGUCAAUACCAAAAUCGGUUUGUUGAUUAAAGGAUGGGUCCCCCAGCUCACCAUCCUGGAACAUUCAGCCACCGGUGGAUUCAUGACUCACUGUGGUACGAAUUCGGUUCUUGAAGCCAUCACUUCUGGCGUGCCAAUGGCAACAUGGCCUCUUUAUGCCGAUCAAUUCUACAACGAGAAAGUAGUGGAGGUUUCGGGAUUGGGAGUCAAAGUUGGGAUAGAAGUAUGGAAUAGUGGUCUCGAGAUCACCGGUCCUGUAAUAGGAAGCGCACAGAUUAGAGAAGCAAUUGAGAAACUAAUGAGUUAUUCUGAGGAUAUUAGGAUUAUGAGGGACAAAGCAACGGCUAUGAGCAAAAUGGCUAAGGAUGCAAUAAGUGAAGGUGGAUCUUCAUGGAACAAUCUCACCGAACUAAUUGAAGAUAUCAAAAAUUUUACCUUUUCAUCUACCAUGGCUUAAUAAUUUAUUCUUUUUCUUAAUUAAGCCACAUUAAUUAUUGAAACACUAAAUUUUUGAGAUCGCCAACUGGACGCCGUGAAAUUUCAUAGCGGUUCAAAGGUAAAACCUCUUAAUAAGCCCAAGUAUUGUACUUCGUGUUUUUGAUUUUUUUCACUUUGCAAUUACAACUAAGUUGAAGGGAUAUCCAUCCGAUGUCUUUAACUUGAUCAAGUGAACCCCAUUUUCCAUUUCAAA